CUCGCCCUGUUCCCCGGGUCUGCUGCUCGCUCUGAGGAUCAGUGCGGCCCAGCCCGCCAUUGGUGGGUGGCCGGCCGUGACCCCUGACCCCUGACCGAUGGCGGGGUCGGGCGGUGUGCAUGGUAACGGCAUGGAGUCGGAGUCGGGCCCGGGGCUCCGGAUCAACCGGCGGUUCGCCGGUCGCUACGAGCGGUACCGGCAGAAGGAGGAGCUGCAGCGGCGUGAGUGACGGCGGGGCCGGGGCCGGGGGGAGCCCGCGGGUGAAGGAUCGCUAUGGUGACAGGGCAGGGGAAGAAGACAGCUCCAGCUCUGAAUCUGAUGACAGUGAAUUGGAAACUGACCCCACUUUGGACAUUGACUUCUACAAGACUCUAUCGUUGUUGAAGAAGAAGGAUCCCAAAAUCUACCAAGAGGAUGUACGGUUUUACACACCAGAUGAUGAUGGCAAAGAAAACGGUAAGGGCAAAACUGCAAACAGGAAGAAAAAGGAAAAUCCAAUGUACCUGAAGGAUUAUGAAAGGAAGGUCAUUCUUGAGAAGGGGGGGAAAUAUGAGGAUGACGACAGUGAUGGGGAAGAAACGAGAGCUAAAAUAGAGAGAGCAGCAUCUCCCAGUUAUAUAGAAGAACAGAAACAACUGAAAGAAAACUUCCGUAAGUUUGUUGAAGACAGCGAUGAGGACAGCGAGGGUGAGAAUAGUGGCUCUGGCUUUCUGAAACUGCGGGUGAAGUCUGAAGAGGAGAAGGAGAAAGAAGAGGAGUCUUACAUCAAUUGGCUGAGAGGGCAAAAAGAUUUGGAAGAGAAGGGGCAGCUAAAAGACAUAAAAUACUUGAGGGAUUACUGGAAUGAUCCUCAGUUGGAUGAAGGGGAGAAGUUUCUGCGGGACUAUAUUCUGAAUAAAGGGUAUCUUGAUGAGGAAGAGGAGGAAGACCGGAUCCCUACCUAUGAUGAAAUAGUUCAGGAUGAAGUGGAUGACUCCUCAGAUGAAGGGGAGGAAUUUCUAAGGAAACAGGAAGAUUUUGAACGAAAAUACAACUUCAGAUUCGAGGAACCCGAUGCAGAAUUUAUAAAAUCAUACCCAAGAACCAUUGCAACCUCAGUCAGAGCAAAAGACGUUAGAAGAAAACGCAAAAGAGAAGAAGUUAAGGAACGAAAGAAAAAAGAGAAGGAAAAGAAGAAAGAGGAGAUAAAGCAGCUGAAGAACCUGAAGAGGAUGGAAAUAAUCAACAAACUGAAUUGGCUGAAGGAGAUAACUGGGAAUGAAACCAUUGGCUUCAGUGAGGAGCACCUGGAGGAGGACUUUGACCCAGCCAAACAUGACCAGCUCAUGCAGGAAUUCUUCAACGACGACUAUUAUGGAGUUGGAGAUGAGCAGAAACCACAGUUUGAGAAUGAGGAGGAGUUUGGUGAUGAGUGGAACUGGGACACGUGGACGGGAAAUGAGGCUGACUGGACGGAGAGAGAGGGAGAAGAGCAGUGGCAGCAAGAGAGUUAUGAGCCUCACUGUGAUGAUCCGGACUUUAUUAUGGAUGCGGAUUAUGAUCCCAGUCAGCAGGUGGUCUCCUCCAAGAAGAAGAAGAAACAAGAUGUUCUACUCAUGGGCAAGAAAAGGCGAAAAUCUAAAUUUGCAGAGGCAGUUUGCAAGUUGAAGCCAACUUUUGAUCCAAAGGACAAGACCUUUGAGCAGUACUUGGAUGAGUACUACCAGCUGGAUUAUGAAGAUAUCAUCGAUGACUUGCCCUGCAGGUUCAAGUACAGGCGGGUGUUGCCUAAUGACUUUGGGCUCAGUACAGAUGAGAUUUUGGCAGCAGAUGAUAAAGAACUCAAUGCUUGGUGUUCGUUAAAGAAAACCUGUCAGUUCAGAACUGAGAAAGAAGAGCUUCGCGACCUGAAGGUUUAUCAGAAGAAAGCGCAGAAUUUGUGGAAAAAGCAGCAGAUCUUGAAGUCUCUCACACUACAGGAAGAUGAAUCCCAGAAUAACGAGGCAGCUGUCAAAUCCAAAGUUGGAAAGAAGCGACGGGAUAAACUGAAAAAGGCGAGGCUGCUGGAGGGGGCAGAAACAGAGGAGGAGACCACCAGCCCAAGCCCAAAGAAAGUGAGGUCAGAGGCCGACACCGGCAGACUGGAUGUGGAAGUGGAUGACGAUGUCCUGCUUCCCAGACACAGCAGCAGCGUGAAUGCAGCAGCAACAGAGGAAGCGGGAACCAGCAAAGCAUUGGGAACAUCAUCUGCUCCUGCAGCUAUCCCCGACAGACAGGCAGGACGGCCCACUGGGAAGAGGAAACUUAAAAGGAAAAAUAGGUGGCUGACUUCACGGGUGAAGCUGGGUGGACGGGUGUUCAGCGGCUGCAGACUGCAGGCGUACGGACUGGACCCACGCAAACUGAGGUUUAAGCAGAUUAACAGAGAAAGGAAGAAACGGGAAAAGAAGGAAUCCAAAGACUAGUGAUUUACUUUUGCUGAGCAAGGUUAUUUUGUAGAUUACUGUGAAACAUGCACAGGUUUCUUAUAUCCCACAUGGUUCAUUAAAGUACAUCUCGGUCCUUGUGUAACCUGGAA